AUGAACACCCUUCAGGUACAGCAAUGCGUUGAAAACGCCAUCAGAUGCCAGGCGACCAGCCGCCUGCUCCUCACCCCCCUGGUCAUUUCUUCGCUUCGACUUCCACGCACCCAACUUUUCUACCACUCUCAACGUCGGUCUUUCCACCGAGCGGCGGCAGGGAGACCCUGUUGUCGACAAUCUCAAAAUCCACCUCGACUGUCUCAAUGUCUACUACGCAAGACCUACUCUUCAGCUACUCCCCCUGCUCCGUCAGAACCUACCAUUCAUCCAGUCUUUGAACAGAGAACUGGCACUUUUCAAUAUCUAGUCGUCGAUCCAGUGACCAAGGACGCAGUCAUUAUCGACCCUGUUUUGGACUACGACAAGUGCAGCACCACCAUUACCACCACCACGGCUGACGGCCUCCUGUCUUUGGUCCGUGAAAAGGGAUACAGGAUCGUGCGCAUUCUAGAGACCCACGCCCAUGCCGAUCACUUGACUGCUUCCUUUUACCUCCAACGGCAGCUGGUCAAGCAGCAGGACCUGAAACCCCCCGUGGGCAUCGGCAAGCGGAUUGGACAGGUACAGACCUUGUUUGGGCAGAGAUAUGGGAUCGACGCCAAAGAGUAUGAAGGUGUUUUCGACAAACUGUUCGAGGACGAUGAAGAGUUUUCUAUUGGAACGUUAAAGGCAAAAGCCCUGCAUCUUCCCGGCCACACCCCAGAUCAUUUGGGAUACAAGAUCGGAGACAAUAUUUUUUGCGGAGACUCCAUCUUCCACACUGACAUUGGCACGGCAAGGUGUGAUUUUCCCGGCGGAUCGGCCCACGCCUUGUAUCAGUCAGCCCGUAAGAUCUUGUCUCUGCCUGAUAAUGUCAAGAUCUGGACCGGGCAUGACUAUCCACCCGAUGGUUUGAGAGAGCCUGUGCCAUUUGUCACCGUUGGCGAGCACCGCCAGAAGAACAAGCACCUGAGAGAUGGCGUAACUGAAGAGGAAUUUGUCAAGAUGAGAAAGGAAAGAGACGAGCAUCUGGCUGCCCCAAGACUGCUGCAUGAGAGUCUACAGGUGAAUGUGAGAGCUGGAAGAUUGCCAAGUCAAAACGACUCCGGCAUGAGGUUGUUAAAGGUGCCUGUCAAAGUCAAGGGAGCUGGAGCAUGGCAGUAG